UAUGUACAAUGCCAUCCAUAAAAACAUCUUACGUAAACAUAUCUUAGCCGUAUAACGUGCGGUUCAUGCUGACGAACAUCCUGUUACGUAUUAAAAUGUGUGUUUGUAAUACCUGGUAACUGUACUCGUGGUUUACAUUUAAGUUCACGCUGUUGAGACAGGACGUGAUUGUGAAUGGCGUUAUAGAGACCAUUCACGUUACUGAGACGGGACAUAUUGCAUCGUUAGGAGUGUUCAAUAUAAGCACCAACGGUCAUGGAUUUCGUAUUAUUUGUAGCCGUGUAUUUGAGUGUAGCAGUUGUCAGUUCCAGUCAAGCUCAGAUAUACGCCCCUACGUUUGCGAAUGGGACGGUCGUGGCCCGUCUCAGGAGCCGCAUAAUUGAUGAAGCUUCCGGGAUAUGCGCCAGCCGGAUACACAAGGACGUUUUGUACACGCACAAUGAUUCCGGGGACAAGGCGAGAAUAUAUGCCAUAAGUACAAAAACCGGACAACGGCUUAUGACGAUUGAAAUCGACGGCGCAAGCGCAGUGGACUAUGAGGACAUAUCAUGCGGACCUUGUUACAGCACAUCAGGUCAUUGCAUCUACGUGGCAGACGUCGGUGGAAAUUCAGGCGCUGUCUCGAACACUGUCUACAAAAUACGUGAGCCGGAAGUGGAUUUGACUCGCGGCAAGGGUGGAACCUUUCACGUCCCCAUUAAGUCGAAAUUGGAAUUCAGCUGGGAUCAACACGAUUGCGAAACAAUAAUGGUGGAUAACAAGGCCAAUGUGUACAUCGUGUCAAAGGUCAAUGCCGGGCAAUACCCAAAACUUGUGCGACUGCCGCACAGAGCGUGGGGGACCAAGUACCGGGUCAAGGUCGACGAGGGCGUGUAUCUGUCAUUGAAGGCGACAAGGCACGACCCUGUAGGCGGCGACAUUUCACGUGACGGUCACGAGGUGUUGUUGAAGACGCACCAUCACGUUUACUACUGGUACGUCCCUGACGGCGAUUAUUACAAGCACAUGACGUCACAGCCGCUGCAGCUUCCGUACAUACAGGAACCCCAGGGCGAGGCGGUGUGCUUCGACCCCCAGGCGACCGGAUAUUACACUACGAGCGAGGGGAGAUACCAACCGCUGUAUUACUACCGACGGAUUAACCGUUCAACGAAGUCCCCAUCCAGUUAGUGGAGCCUUCUUUCUCGGGCCGAUAUCAAUUUGAAACAGAGAGUCAAUGAUAUGUUCAAUUUCAAAAACUAAAUCAGGGUGAAAUGCUGGUUUUAAUAUAUUAUUUUUAUUACAAGGUAUAUAUAUAUAUAUAUAU